AUGUCCACAGCAAAGCUCUCUAUCACGUCUCUCCCCGUAUGGGCUACGUUUAACAACGUCAAAUUCAAUGACGUUAGGGUCGGCGCGAUUGACGGCAAGGGCCAAGGCCUUAUUGCGGAGGCGGAUAUUUCAUCUCUUGAGGAGGAGGCUUCAGAACCACGAGUGCUUGUUAAGGUGCCGCAUGCGGUAACCCUCUGCGAGGACGUCAUUGUAGCAUAUUCGAAAACAGAUAAACGGUUCUACGAGUUGCUUGAAUUAUUGGGCCCGCAGUCGACGAGAAUCAAGGCUUUGAUAUUCCUCCUGGCACAGAAAGUCCAUUCUGAGCUAAGAAUAUUCGACAGUGGCGUAUCAACACCGUGGACGGAAUAUGUGAAGUAUCUUCCGGACGAUGUGUUUGUUCCGACGAUGUGGCAUGAUCAUGAGCGCGCCCUCUUACGAGGGACUUCACUCGAGUCCGCUGUAGAAGCAAAAUUUACGGAGCUCACUCGCGAGUUCGACACAUUCCAAGAGAAAUCGGGUGAACUUCCAGAAUGGGCCGACCUCUGGGCAAGGCGAACCUUGACCUUGCGCGACUGGUUCCUAGCGGACGCGUGGUAUAGAUCCCGUUGCCUCGAGCUGCCGAGGUCGGGCGACGCGAUGGUUCCCAUCAUAGACAUGGCGAAUCACUCGCCGCGGCCCACGGCAAUCUACGAAGAGAGCGUCAACUAUGAGGUCACGCUUCAGUUGCGUCAGGGCGUAGCACUGGCUGCUGGAGAGGAAGUAACGAUCACGUACGGCGAGGGGAAAUCCGCCGCGGAGAUCCUCUUCAGUUACGGCUUCAUCGACGUCGAAGGGGCGAAAAGACAGCUCGUGCUUCCUCUGACGCCCUUCGAAGAUGACCCACUUACCAAGGCGAAGCUACAUAGCUUCAAAAAGGCACCGAUGGUGGACAUCUCACUAGAAGACGGUAAGAUAUCAUGGAAGAGCCCGUUUGCCUACUACAUGUGCCUCAACGAGGAGGACGGGCUCGAGUUCCGCGUGCUGCAAGACCUGGAGGGAGGUCAGCAGCUCAAGGUAUUCUGGCAAGAAGACGACGUCACGGAUCGAGUAGAUACUUUUGACGUACUCAUUGACGGCCACCCACUGAGCCAGAUCUUCAGGCUCAGGGUGGUAACGGUCAUCGAGGAGCUCGUGGGAUCCCAUAUGGGCCGCAUGGAGUCCGUGACGUCCCCCGAGGAACAGGAACUGUUGCGCAGUAUCCAUGGCGAACCAAGGAGUGAUUGUCUGACAAUGGCUAAAACUCUCCGGGAUAUUGAAUUCGGAAUCCUCGAGGCCGCGCUACAGUCUCUUCAGGAACAGAAAGCAGUACUCAUUGCAGACGACAGCGUAGCAGCAUACCUCGGGUCGAUAGAAGAUAACCAAAACGACCAGGUGCCCCCGGCGACAUCCAAUGAAGAGGUGGAUUUCAGUUGA